CGGGGAGUAAGAAGCAGUUGUAGCUGUACGGAGGGGCGCCUGGGAGAAUCCUCAUACUGGAAAGCUCUCAUGUUCUCCAGGUGGGGAAACUGAAGCUUGGCGAGAAGGAGUCAUCAGCACAAGGUCUCUCGGCUGCUGGGGGCAUUCCACAACCCAAAACAGGUGACCAGAUGUUUUGCUGGUGGUGUUCAGACAGUAACUUUAAUUCCAGGAGAUGGUAUUGGCCCAGAAAUUUCAGCUGCAGUUAUGAAGAUUUUUGAUGCUGCCAAAGCACCGAUUCAGUGGGAAGAGCGGAAUGUCACGGCCAUUCAAGGACCCGGAGGAAAGUGGAUGAUCCCUUCAGAAGCCAAAGAGUCCAUGGAUAAGAACAAGAUGGGCUUGAAAGGCCCUUUAAAGACCCCAAUAGCCGCCGGUCACCCGUCUAUGAAUUUAUUGCUGCGUAAAACAUUUGACCUUUAUGCAAAUGUCCGACCAUGUGUCUCAAUUGAAGGCUAUAAAACUCCUUACACUGAUGUAAAUAUUGUCACCAUUCGAGAGAACACGGAAGGAGAAUACAGUGGAAUUGAGCAUGUGAUUGUUGACGGAGUAGUGCAGAGUAUCAAGCUCAUCACGGAGGCAGCGAGCAAGCGUAUAGCCGAGUUUGCCUUUGAGUAUGCCCGGAACAACCACCGGAGCAACGUCACGGCUGUGCACAAAGCUAACAUCAUGCGGAUGUCAGAUGGGCUUUUUCUGCAAAAGUGCAGGGAAGUUGCAGAGAACUGUAAAGAUAUUAAAUUUAAUGAGAUGUACCUUGAUACAGUGUGUUUGAAUAUGGUUCAAGAUCCUUCCCAAUUUGAUGUUCUUGUUAUGCCAAAUUUGUAUGGAGACAUCCUUAGUGACCUCUGUGCAGGAUUGAUUGGUGGUCUUGGUGUGACUCCAAGUGGCAACAUUGGAGCUAAUGGGGUUGCGAUCUUCGAAUCGGUUCAUGGCACUGCCCCGGACAUUGCGGGCAAGGACAUGGCCAAUCCCACAGCCCUCCUGCUCAGCGCCGUGAUGAUGCUGCGCCACAUGGGCCUGUUUGACCAUGCCGCGCGCAUCGAGACCGCCUGCUUUGCCACAAUUAAGGAUGGAAAGAGCUUAACAAAAGAUUUGGGAGGUAAUGCAAAAUGCUCGGACUUCACGGAAGAAAUCUGUCGCCGAGUAAAGGAUUUAGACUAAUGCUUCUGCAAAUGGUAUUCGCACCAGUCACUCCAAAUGGACACCACAUAGACCUCUGUGGAGGAUACCUGCUAUUACGUACGCAUUCGGUUUGCUUGUUUCUUGACAGAGUACAUUUUUAGAUCUAGCCUUUUCUUAAGAAAAUCUGAGCAAAGGAUGCAGGCGAUGUCCAUAGAUCUGUUUUCAAAGGACUUUUUCCAAGUGCUGUUUUAUUUAUUAAAUGUCUAUCUGGUAAACAUUUUUUUGUAAAUUCCAAGUGGACUGUAUCAUUUGCCAUUCUUAACCAUUUUACACUUCAGUUAAAAUAGUUUUUUUCUCAGCUGUAAAUAUCAUAUGGAAUUAAUAAGAAAAAAUAUCUAACUUUUUAAAGAAAAACCCUAUUUUCCUUGGUUUAUAAAUAAAAUAGGAUAUUGAUGUGAUAGUAUAAGAUGAUAUUCUUAUAAAACUAAACAGGCACAAAAGAAGUUUCCUGGGAAAGUGCAAAUCGAAAACAAUGAUUGUGGUACAUUUCUUAGUGAUAUGGAAAAGAGAGACAAAUUUGUCCUCUACACGAAUUACUGAGUGUGAAUAAAAACUUCAGAGCCAAGAAAUACAUAAUGAAAAAUAUAAUUUUUGCUAAUAAGAUAUAGAUAAUAUAUUACAUACAAAGACACAAUGCAUUGUGUAUGCAAUUAUUUUGUUAUUUUGAGAUUAAUAUUCCCUCAAUAGCUUAGCUUUUUAUAAAGCAAGGAGCAGUACCUCCUUUUCAGUGGACACAUGUUAAGCACCCUGAGUUGUCAGAGCCCCGAAGCCCUGUACUGACAGUUUGUGUCUGCCGGGGAGCUGGCCACGUUGUGCAUUUAUUCUUUUAUGUUUGCUGCCUGGAAGUGGACCCCACUCCAGCUGGCACUGCUAGCUGCCUACUGCUGAAAGACCUGAUCACGUGUAUUUUGUCUCAGUCGAGGAACUUGGGAUCUGGCUAUUAAUUUUACAUUUCAACGACAGCCUCUUUACCACCCCUAAAGCACCAAACACUGCCCUCUGCCUCAGCAGUACUAGUAGAGAAUAACUUCGCAGAGACUGGAGCUGACCCAGCCCAAGGUGAUCACAAAUUGUGCUCUCUUGAGGCAGGGGCUGGAGCUUGGUCUCAGCUUUUGACCCUCAGGCACCUCUUGUGCACCCUCCCCUCCCCUCUGCCACAGCAUGGUUUUUCUUAAUCUUCAGAUACUAAGUCCGUUAACAUUUUAGCCCACACCAAAGGCAUCUCAUGGCCUCCCUUAGCCCUUGUGUGACAUUGCAAACCUGUGGCUUUGCAUCUUACCCAGGUGUCAGGGGCAUUUCUAAACAACAACAAAUAUUCCUGUAUGGGUAAUUUUUAAAGCUUGUAACCAGACUUAUAAUCUUAUAUGUAUUUUACUUUAAGUUGCUGCUUCCUGUCUUUUAUUGGACUGUACUAAUUAUCAGUGGUUCUUGGGUUCAAAAUAAUAAAAAAUUCCAAAACUGCC